AAUGGAUAUCAACAUGGAUAUCCAUUUAAGGGUCGGAGAUUUGUAUCGAUAUCGAUAUAUAUCAAUAUCGAUAUAGCCAUAUAGCCAGGUUGAUAUCGAUAUAUCGUAUCCAAAUACGCAUGUCUGAUCUCAAGAGGCUGCACGAUCAGUACGAUUAUUCAUAUGGCCAAGGCGACGAAUCCAGCUCCGUCCCAAUGAUUCCGUACCAUCAAAACGUCACAUUUGAGCAGCCAUGGGUUCUCGUGCAGAGCGCUAACAUUUGGGCCAUACCCGGAUGCGAACUCGCAUCAGGUGUCAUUGCAUUCAUACUGCAGCUUGUUGUUUUUAUCCAAGUCGGAAGGUUUUGCUUCGCAAGAAAGCAAAAUGCGUCUGGAUACGGCUCAGGGCACUGGGCAGCCACCGCCCUCGCAGCAUCCAUGGCCCUUGCCGUCACGGCCCUCUUCAUUUAUGUCUUCGCAGUGUCCGGGACUUCCAUCAGUCAGUCGCAUUUGUACCUCAAUGGCUACUUCGGCGGGGUAGGCUGGGAUGAGACACCGACGUGGGAAGUGUGGACGUGCGCAGUGUCAUCGCUUUUGGACAAGGACACGAGCGUGACGGCAGCUCGAUCAGAGUGGAAGACCAUAUGUCGCCUCACGAUGGGCGCGAGAUGGGCACUACUGCCUGUGUUCAUCUUGGUGAUCCUGUCGGCCAGCGCCAUGGUCAUCUCCCAGUACAGCAGCAGGUCACCAGUUACAGCCAAGCCCCGUUCCGAAUCAUUGGAGAUGUUGUAGAUAGCGUGUCAUAUUAGCUGAGUACUUUUUGGUGUCAAUUGUAAUAUGUAUCUUGCUAACUUGCUAAUAUUAUGGACUUUGCUUGAUCUCUGUAGCUGGAUAUCCUUGGCGGCGCUCUCUCGGCCAAAGUUUGCUACGAGCUCUCUUGUAUCUAUGGUCGUAUGUACUAGCAGUGGUGCUAAUUUAACGUAUACGGGUAUCAUGUUUAUACUAGUGCGUUGUAUUUAUAACUCUGCCUACUACUUCUUCCUUAUACAGUCGAUGUAAAUGAGACACCAUGCCUCAGUCAUCGCCGUCACCAUCACUCUGAUAGUACCCAUCAUGAUCAUGGCGGUGCAUGGCUUUAUGGAGAAGCAUUCCUCCCACAGCGCCAGCAGCAAGGCCACCAGCAGCGCCAAGAGCCAUUCCACCUACUCCGCUCGACUUCUUCUCACUUGGCAUAUUUUGUUCCCCAGCAUAGCCAGUGGGGGGAGGGGGAGCAGGAGCAUAGGCAGAGUAGCCGCCAUCUCGGGCGCCUUCUGGAGGGCGCGUGUCUGGGACUGGUGGCAUCUGGGCAGGAGGCCCUGGGGGAGGAGGGGGCGGUGCAGGGGACUGAAGUGUUGGAACUUCCCACUGUGUCCUGUUUGUUGUUUGCUCCACAUAAUACCAACGGCCCUGUUCAGCGUCAUGGAGAGUGGCCCAACCUGGCGGCAACAUUGGCUUCCCUGGCACGUAGGCUGACUGGUAUGGUGCCUCAGGUACAGUUGGGGUGGCCAGUGUCGGCUGGCUACCAGGUGGUGGCCCAGCUGGGGGUGGCCCAGCUGGGGGUGCAUACUGAGUGUUGCUUGGAGAAGAAUUGUACUGAGGGUAUUGCUGCACUGGCGCAGGUUGGUAAUACGGGGCU